GGUCACCCAGGCAUGACACGAAUGAAAAUGUUAUCGCGAAGCCAUGUAUGGUGGCCCGGCUUAACUCAAGACAUUGAGCAAACAGUGACUGCCUGCGUCACGUGUCAGCUGACCCAAAAUUCAGCACCUAGAGUUCCGCUGUUAUCUUGGGGAUGGCCUGCACGCAGGUGGCAGCGAGUACAUCUCGACUUCGCAUAUCGUGAUCAACAGUGGUUUCUUGUGUUGGUGGACGCUCAUUCGAAGUGGCUGGAAGUUUUUGCUAUGAACUCAACAAACAGUGAAAAGACGGUGGAAAAGCUGCGCAGUGUUUUUGCUGCCUAUGGUUUACCGGAAGAAAUAGUCACGGACAAUGGUCCCCAGUUCACUUCGGCCUGCUUCGAGACCUUUUUGAAACGUAAUGGAAUCCGCCAUACAAAGACCCCUCCUUACCAUCCUGCCUCGAAUGGCACUGCUGAGCGUUGCGUGCAAACGUUAAAGCGGCACCUUCUCAAACAAGUCUUAGAGGAAAAACAAAAUGGCGAACCGCGGUCACUCCAGCAUCGUAUUGACCAAUUCCUCUUCACCUACAGGAACACGCCGACCGGAACAAUAGGCGAAACACUGCCCAGCUAUUUCUAUCAUGGAAGCCUCGGACACGGCUCAGUCUUCUGCACCCCGAUCUUGAACAACGAAUGCAAGAAAAGUUGGAAAGGAGGAAGGAUACCGCAAACCAAACCCGAGGAAAAUGGCGGGAAUUUGUGGCAGGACAGCCGGUGUUUGUGA